UUAUUGUUAGCUAGGAGGAAGACAUGGAGGGUUCAACGCUGACACAGAGGAGGGCUGAGUGUCAGUUGAAGGAAAGGGAGAUCCAGACAGACUACAUGAUGGAGCUGGGAGCCAGGUUGGCUCUGGUGAGGCAGAUCCAGAGGGAGCAGGAGAAGGAGAUAAAGAGGAUUUGGUUUGAGACGAGGAAAAUGCCAAGCCUGAUUGAGGAGAAUGUGAGAGAUGUGACCAACCGUCCACUCACUGAGUUCAUGGCUCCCUGUAUUGACUCCCUCCCACCAUUGGCUUUCACCAAUCGGAGGCGGUUCAUUGUAUUUUCCUACUUUGUCCCUGCUGAGUGCCCGGUUGCCACAGAGGCCACUGCAGAUGUAUCUGCUGGUAAAAGAGAGGACUUGUCGCCAGAUACACAUCUAUCCUCAAUGCUGCAUCGAUACCUGCCACACUUCUUUAACGAUGACUCCAUUCCACCACAGCAGACAGUAGAGGGAACCACUGAGGACUCAGAUGCUCCAGUGGCAAUAUCUAAUAUCAAGGAAGAGGACAGAUUCUAUCCGUUCUCCCUCCCACCACUGGCUCAGCGGUUCAUUGGCAAUUCAUUCAAUGUCCCAGAAACCUCCCAGCCUGCUGUUUCAGCCACGGAGUGCCGAGUUGCCACAGUGGACACUGCAGGUACAGCAACUGUCAAGAGAGAGAACCGAUGGGCAGCUAGAAUUCUUCCUUCAGUGCUGCCUCCAUGCCUGCCACCAGUCGUUGACGAUGACUUCAUGCCUCCAGAGCACACAGUAGAGGAUGCCUAUGAGGUCUCAUUUGCUACAGAGGCCACUUCAGGCACAGCUACUGUUGAUGGAGUGGACAGAUCAGCAGCUAAAUGCCCUGUCCCAAUGCUGCCUCCAAGUCUGCCACGUGUCUUUGACAUUGACUACAAACUGCCAGGGGCGGCAGUAGAGGGAACCAACAAGUGUCCAGUUGCCAGUGAAGCAGCCGCUUCCGUGUCCACUGUCCUCCAAGAGGAGUUUUUGGCUGAUAAAAGUCCUCCUGCACCUACAGCACUGUCUCUAAGGCUGCCCUGCACCCACAAUAUUGACCACAAACAGCCAGAGGAGACAGUUGAAAACACCACAGAGUGCUCAGUUGACAUAGAGGAAAGUGCAGUUGCAUCCACUGUCAAGAGAGAGGAAAUGAUGGGUGAUAAAAGCCCUGUCCAUGCACUUCCUCCAAGCCUGGCAUGCAUCCAUGACAAGGACCACAAGCAGCCAGAUCAGAAAGGAAGGGGCACUACUGUGGAGGUGGAUAUCUGCCCUCAUGCUCACCAGCUGGUCUCAGAUGCUAAAUUAACUCUGGCAACCUGCAAUGAUGAGCCGCCCAUCCCUCUGAUCUGCGAGGUCACUAAGAUGCCUGUUAGAGUUGGAGCCUCCAUAUGCAGGUCAGAGGAUGAGGAACCCAGGCCCUGGACCCUGGAAGAGGUAAAGGAUUAUUGGAUAGGCAUUGAAAAUGAGAGUGAAGAGAGGAGCGUCACUGAGGAGGUGAGCCCAAGGGAGGGAUUGAAGAGUGAGGCGGACUGUGCCCAUUCCAAGUGCUCCAAUGGGAUGGUUUCAUCAGAGAGAGCAGAGACCAUCCUGGGAAGAGUGGGCUUUCUGCUCAUGAACCAAAUGCAGAAAAUCCCGUUUUUGAAGAUGGAGGAAAAAGAGAAAAAUAAGAAACUGAAUAAGAAGUUGAAAGAUAAAGAGAGAAAGGAGAUGAAACACAAGGAGGAGGAGCAAAAAAAGAGGGAGAAGAAAGAGAUGAAGGAGAGAGAGAAAGAACAGAAGAAAGUCAUGAAGGCUGAGAAGAAGAGGGAGAAGUUCGCACAGAAAAUGAGAGAGAAGGAAAGAAAAGAGAAGGAAAAGGCAGAGAAAAAGAGGUUAGAGGGGCUGAUGAAGAUACACAAUGCCAUGAUGAAAGACAGGAUUAAGAAAGAGAAGAAGUGUUCUGAGGAGCUGAAAAAGAGAGAGAAAGCUCAAGCUGCAUUAUUGGAGAUGGAGAGAAAGAUUUUUAAAAAGAGGAAAAGAAGAGAGAAAAGAUGA